CCUUCCCCUCCCUCUCCGUCCGACACCUCCAAUCCAAACAAUACCUUAGGGUUUCUUCUUCUCCUCUUUUCCAACUCCAAAUCAAAAUCUAUGAUGCUUCUUCUUCUCCUAAUCAAGGUUGGAAAUCCCGUCAACUGCAUUGAGAUUCUUGAAUUUCUUGAAUUUCUUGCUAGUGUCUAUUGACAAGGUGGGGUAGUGUGACCUAAGACGCGGGAAACCAAGGGGAGUGACGAGCUAGAAGCCAAACAAGGCUAGGCCACCGACAACACCUCCCUUUUGAAAAACCGGUAACAAGCUUGGUUUUUGCCUUUCUUUCUUGUUCAAGAACAAGAUUUAAGCUUGGAAAUCCCCCUCUCUCUGCAGAAUUACCAGAUUUGCUCUGCUUUGCUCUUCCUCCCCUGUCCGUCGGUUUCUACUGGGUGCGAAUUUCUGGGCGUUUUUCGAAUUGCCGCUGGCUUCUUUCCCCCUCCAGUUCUGCAGCUGGAAAAAUUCUGGUUCUUGAUCCUUGGGGCACUUUAGUAUAUGGCUUGAGUCUUCGGUUUUGUGCGAUUUGAGGUAAGUAAUUAUGGUAACGCCCUCCGAUUUUAAUGCACAUUUUAGCUUGUUUUUGAAGUGGUGGCAGGACUAAACCCAUUUUACACAAGUAUGAUCGAUUUGAAAUGAAAUUAUUAUUCUUUUUAUUGAUUUAAGCAUGCCUUAUUGGAGUUUACUUAAUUGCCCUGAUGAUCUGAAAAUUAUUUGUGAAUUAUGAUUUUCCUGUUAACUUCUGCCUGUUUUGUCUCCGAUAUGGUCAUGUUAUUCGUGUGCCCGUUAGUAGGAGGUUUAUAAACGCUAGCAUAUGUCGACAUAUUACUGAUAGAACCGGUUCGUUUCUGUUAUUCUGAGAUCCUGCUAGUGGGAUUAUGCACCAGUAAAUCGUGUCUGCCAAUGGGAGGUUUAUAACAUUGGCCAUGACCUAUAGAGGAGACAUUUAUUUCGUUUCUGUACUCGUACCUAUUAUUCGUGAUUAUACUGGUUGGCAUGCUAUAAAUUUAAUUAAGGGCUAUCCAUAUUUACUUACUAAACUAUCUUAUAGUUUUUCCUUGUCUACCAUUCCAAGAAGCGAAGUCAAGGACGGGGAAAAAUGAGGGGAAUGACGAGUUAGAAGGCUAGCCAUCUUGUAAAUUGAACAUAAAUUUUAGACAUAAAUCAUGAUCUUGUAAGCUAGACUUUAUUUGGAGAUUUUAUGAUAUUAGAGCAAAUUUUAUAAUUUUAUCUUCAAAUUGAGUGGUAUCAGAUUGUGGUAUGAUAAAAUUCCGAGCCUUGUGCAUUUGUGGGACCCUCUCACAAGUGUACGGCGUUUGCCACGUCCUCGGAUUCGGGUUCUAGGGCGUGACACCAUGUCUUUUGAUGGGUCUAAUUCUUGACUUUGUUAAUUGGUAAAAAUUUGUCUUUUGAUUCUAGUUGCCUAGUUAAACAUGAUCUGAUUAUUGAUUAACCUUGGUUUGUGGCGGAAUGUAUAAGGCAUUCUACAUUAGGUCUAUUGUUUAAAUAUUCAUUUGGACAUUCAUACAUGAAUGCAAACAUAGAUAUACAUGAGCAUAUACAUGUAUACCAGCAUGCACAUAGAGGCAUUCAUUCAUACAUGCAUAUACAUGCAUUCAUCCAUUCAUGAUCCCACGUAUGCAUUUGAUGCUUAUCCAUCUCGAAUAGGAUUCAAUCUUUUAGUUGUACUCAUUGUUAGAUUCCUUGCCAUGUUGUUGUGUUUGAUGGGCACCAGGUCUUGAUUUGGGUCGAGGGCACUACAUAAUCACAUCGAUAACCCUUAAGUUUAGUUACUUGUGUUGAGGCGUGAAGUUAGCUCCCGCUUUCCAAAUGGCCAUUGGGGAGGGUGGAGAAUGAGAUUUGUUGUUGGCUUGUUAGAGCAAUGAUGAGUACCCAUUCCUUGUGAAGUGAAUCUAACUGUUGUACCUUUGUAACUGUCGGCCAUGUAUCUUGAAAUUGAUUUCCUUGUAAUUGUGACGCUAAAAUUUAAUGACUAGUAGAUUUUGAGCAUGUGCAUUUAUCUAAAAAAGGGCAAGAUAGAUG